AUGUCCAAAAUCUCGGAGAUUGAGAGCGAGGAGCAGUGGGAGCAGCUUCUUGCUUCCCUCCCCCCUACGACCCUCCUCAUCACAUCCUUCCAUGCGCCAUGGGCCGCCCCUUGCGCCCAGAUGGCGACGGUACUCGAGACCCUGGCCUCCGAGUACCCCGUCAGCGAGCCUCCCGCUACCAAGUGGGUGUCCCUCAACGCCGAGGAGCUCAGCGACAUCAGCGAGGCGUACGACGUCACGGCCGUGCCCUUCCUCGUCCUCAUCCGCAACGGCCAGGUGCUCGAGACGGUCAGCGGCAGCAGCGCCGUAAAGGUCCGAGCCGCCAUCGAGACGCACGCCGGUACCCCCGGUGCUGCCGCACCAUCGUCGACCACCCCCAACAACAACACACCCAACGGCACCGACCAGUCCGAUCCUACGGCUACUGACGCCGCCGCCGCAGAGCACAUGUCGGUCGAUCAUUUCGGCCCCGUCGACCCUGCAAAGAAAAAGGAAGAGCUGUUCAAGCGCCUGGCAGACCUAGUCAAGGCUGCGCCCGUCAUGCUCUUCAUGAAGGGGACCCCCAGCGGACCUCAAUGCGGCUUCUCGCGGCAGAUGGUGGCCAUAUUGCGCGAGAGCUCGGUCAAGUACGGCUUCUUCAACAUCCUCGCCGAUGACGAGGUGCGCCAGGGCCUCAAGGAGUUUGCCGAUUGGCCUACGUUCCCCCAGCUCUGGAUCGACGGAGAGCUCGUGGGUGGUCUGGAUAUUGUCAAGGAAGAGAUCGCAAACGACCCCGGCUUCCUCAAGGCAUACAGCGUCAGCGGCGAUGCUGCCGUGGCUUGA